CUGUCCUCCACCAUGGAUGUCUUCAAGAAGGGCUUCUCUAUUGCCAAGGAGGGUGUGGUGGGCGCUGUGGAAAAGACCAAGCAGGGGGUGACUGAAGCAGCUGAGAAGACCAAAGAAGGGGUCAUGUAUGUGGGAGCCAAGACCAAAGAGGGUGUUGUGCAGAGCGUGACCUCAGUCGCUGAGAAGACCAAGGAACAGGCCAAUGCAGUGAGUGAGGCCGUGGUAACCAGCGUCAACACCGUGGCCACCAAGACUGUAGAGGAGGCAGAGAACAUCGCAAUCACCUCUGGGGUCAUGCAAAAGGACUUGGUGCAACCUGCUCCCCCACAGGAAGAUGAAGCAGCCAAAGAGGAAGAAGGAGUGUCUGAGGAGCCUCUCUUCCCACGGUCGCCCUCCUGCGGCCAGAAUGUGCUCCAGGGACUGCAGAGUCUGGAGUACAGCCCCGUCACUCCCCUGUGCCCGUUUGCCGGGAACCGCCCUGAGCCUCCCUUCGCCCCUUGA